AGGGCAAAGAGCACAGCUAUCUUAUCGCCUAUAAAUACUACAGGCACAAUAUGAAGACAGCAAAAGAAACAAGCGAUCCACAUUGAACUCAGAUUGACUGCUGUGUCACAGGCUGAACAAAUGAGUGGGCGUGUAGGAGACCUUAGUCCUAAGCAGGCUGAAGCUUUGGAUGAGUUUCGGGAGAGAAUCGGAGAUGUACAUGAUAAACUACCUAUUCAAAGUGACCAUUACUUGCUCCGCUGGCUCAGAGCCAGAAACUUUAGCAUCAACAAGGCUGAAGCAAUGCUUAGAAAGCAUGUGGAGUUUCGCAAACACAUGAAGGUGGAUUCAAUCUUAGAGGACUGGAUGCCACCUGAGGUAAUUGAACGAUAUGUGUCUGGUGGGAUGUGUGGUUAUGAUCGAGAGGGAAGUCCUGUCUGGUAUGAUGUAAUUGGGCCUCUAGACCCAAAGGGCCUUCUCAUGUCUGCCUCCAAACAAGAUUUCCUCAGGACCAAGAUCAGGGACUCAGAGUUCCUACGGAGAGAGUGCUUAAGGCAGUCUGAGAAGCUUGAAAAACCAGUGGAGGCUAUCACUCUUAUCUACGACUGUGAAGGCCUUGGCAUGAAACAUAUGUAUAAGCCCGCUGUUGAAGCCUAUGGAGAAAUUCUGACCAUGUUUGAAGACAACUAUCCUGAAGGCCUAAAAAGGGUUCUUGUUAUUAAAGCUCCAAAAAUCUUCCCUAUUGCCUACAACUUGAUCAAGCAUUUCCUAUGUGAAGAAACUCGGAGAAAGAUUAUUGUGGUUGGGUCCAACUGGAAAGAUGUAUUGCAGAAGUAUGUGGCACCAGAUCAACUGCCUGUGGCCUAUGGAGGAUUGCUGGUGGACCCAGAUGGGGACCCUUACUGCAAAUCUAAGAUUAAGUAUGGUGGUGUGGUGCCAAAGUCCUACUACAUUCGAGAAUCCGUCAAAGUGCAGUAUGACAACUUUGUGACCAUCAGCCGUGGUUCCGACCUCCAGCUGGAGUAUGAAAUCCUCGUCCGAAACUGCUUAUUACGAUGGCAGUUUGCUGGUGAUGGGGCCGAUAUCGGUUUUGGCAUCUACAUGAAGACUAAAGCAGGUGUGAAACAGAAAGUUGGAGACAUGCAGGAGGUGUUUCCAACAACACGUUACAAUGCUCAUCUGGUACCAGAGGAUGGGUCUUACACCUGUGAAGAGCCAGGCAUCUAUGUGAUACGAUUUGAUAACACCUACAGUAUGCUUCAGUCAAAGAAGAUAAGCUUCUCGGUGGAUGUUGUUCUACCUGAAACACACACAAACUCAGAAGGCCAGGCAUGAGGGCAGCCCAGAGAAAGAAGACCACCAGACAAGAUCACUAGAUCUGCUCCAGUAGUGAUGUCAAAACAAACUUUUACAGACUUAUACAACAAAAUAAGGCUGAAUGUAUUUGUGAGAACAUUGUGGGGCUCAACAUUUAAAAACUAAAAGUAUUAAUAAAUAUAUUAAUGAAUUAUAAUUAUAACUUAAUUACAGCACAAUUGCAGAAAGUUCUGUAUAUCAAGUACAUGAUUCAGCUAGUUGAGAUUGUCUACCAGGUAGAGUCUAAAAUGUCAGAGAAGAAUUUCUGGUAUUAUCUUUUUACGAUUAGUAAUAGUAAGAAGCAGCAAAUGUCUACAGAUGUUUAUUUUGCAAUAUUAUGAAUUAAUAAUGACUUUAAUGUUUAGUUUUUGAACAUUGCUGAUAAUUUGUUUGCUAUAAUUAUGUGCCAAUCAGUAUUAAAAUGUUUGCAUCAAUCAGUGUGGACACUAUUACUGAACCCUGGGAAUUUAACCAAUUUAGCUACCUGUAUGUGAUGUACUAGGAAAAUAUUGACAGGUAUGUACUAAGUAACUACACUGAUUUAACAAGUUUAUUUAUGACAUAAAGUGGGCAAAAUGCAAAUUAGAACAGAAAACAGUGAUUUUAAAUCUGCUAUGACCUGUAUUUGAACAAAAAGUACAAAGACAAGACAUGCAAUAUCAUUCUACAUUUAUUCUGGAAUUAAUGCCUGUAAAUCUAGCAACAUUGUGUAAUGUUCAAAAGUCAUUGACAGGUAAUGCAGUCAUGCUUGGUUAUAAAAGUGGCCUCUAGGAAAGUCAGUUCUAGCCUAAAAUGAACUCUAACCUUGUUCUCUAUUAUCAAGGAUUGGUCAAGUUUUGCCAAAAGUGUGUCAGUAAAAUAUCAAACAGUUUUUCUUCUCUGGACUCAAGUCAAUUGGAAAUAAAAAUGACAGACUGUG